AUGUCCCGGCAGGAGGACGGCAAGGCAGCUUUCGAGGCUUUGUUGGAUGCUUCAUGGAUCGCCUUCCGCCGGAAGAUGGUGGAGGCUUACGAGAGCGCUGCUCGCAGUCUGCCAGCCCGCCAGCUCGAGGAGCUGUCAUCGGCCAGCACCCGUCCAUCUCUCGACAUCGAUACGAUGGACCCUCCACGUCCCAGCUGCCCCUCGAGCCUCGAGCCACAGCUCCUCCUCCCCGUGAGGCCGAAGAUGGUGGAUGAAGAAGAACCUGUGCCGUGCAUUGAGGAUGCAGAGCAUCUCUCUCUCGGCCCCACCGACGACAAGUCACCCCAGGAGGACGCCAAGAAGGUUGGCCCGAAGGCAUCACUGCGGGACAGUCGAGGGAGGAGCUCCGCUGUCGGCGUGUCUCAGGUGGCGAAACAGCGCUUGCGCCUGCGAUUAAGUGUCGACGCCAAGACCAACACGCUCAUCUCAGGGCAGAGCUUGGCACAGCUGCUGGGCGACAUGGGCCUGACAGGAUACAACGAGGAUGACAUGAACCACCUCGUCAACCAAGUCGCUGACUACGUGUCGUUGCAGUUCAUGAAGGAGGAGACAUGCGGUACUUUUUCCGGAAAUGAAUUGUCGUUGGUGCUGGAACAAGAGGCCGAGACCGAUCUCGAGAAAGACACCCCGCAUUGGCAUUGGCCGGACGAUGAUGAGCCUCAGGCCCGCAGAAGAAGUUGGGUCUAUGAUUUCCAGCCGAGGAGUCCUUGGAAUGUUUGCCCAGCCAACGCCCUGAUCGAUUUGCUACUGGUGCAGGACAAGGACCUUAUCCGGAAAGUGUUCGGGCCACGCACGCGGAAGCAGUUCGAGACCAUGCGCGAGCUGCUGCAGAAGUGGGACCCGAACGACCUCGCGGCUGAAUUGAUGCAGGCCCGGGCCAACGACCUAAACACCAGUGAGGCCACUGCUAUGUCGAAGCAAGAGAUCAGCAGCCAGGAGGCACAGGCUAUCCGACAGCGGCUUCGCGUGCGUCUCGGGGUGGCGGUGACAUCGAAAAGGUUGGUGUCCGGCCGAGCGCUGCAUAUGUCCAUGGAGGCACUGGGCCUCACCAGCUACACCGAGGACAACAUGAACGACCUCGUCAAUGUGCUCGCGGACUUUAUCGAUCUUCAGUUCAGCCCGAAGGAUCCUAAGUCGGACUACCGCCGGAGCCACACUUCCAGGGAUAGCCAGAACGUGGACCUAGCGCAGUUGGGCAUCGGCACUAUCUUCAACUUCCAAGAUGACGACUCCGGUGACGGGGUGGCCGUAAGAUAG